AUGUCCCUUCAGGUUGAGGAGUACAUGGGAGGAGUUCCCCUUAUUAUCUAUCUUAGUGAUGCGGAUUGCACGGUGCAGGCAAAGCCGGCACCAUUGACUUACGUGCUCCCGCGAAGUUCCGUCUUAAUGGCUGUGCGAAGCGAGGUUCAGGCCUUCUUUUCCUUUUACACGGUUGCGAGAGAAGACACAACGCCGCUCGUGUGGCUAACAUGGAGAGGUGAGCCGGUGCCAUGGCAUUACCCCAUAGGGGCAAUCAAAGAUAGUAUCAGUGCAUUGCUGAUUGCGGAAACCGAUGUUGCAGAGUCAAGGGCUUCUCAGACCGAAUUUUCGCAGCUCUCCCCAGCUGAGUUAUACGCUGCCGUGUUUGGUUCCCCACUAAUUCUGGAGGCGCGCAUUACAUGUGUGUCUGCGGAAAGGCCGUUGACAGUGCCCGUUCCUGGGCAGGAGGAUGUGCUCUCUCGUCGCUCGGCAGACGAGGCAAUUGGCGAGUUCCUGAAGCAGGUGAUAAAAGGUACAUUUUCCGCCAUGUACGGCAGCAUCAAGGCGCUUAUGGAUGCUCGUAGCGAAGUUAUUAACGAGUUACUGAGCUUCGCCACGUGUACGUCAAUUGGGGAUCCCUUUGUACAGGCCUUGAGAGCCUACAAUGAUAGGAUUGUGAAACUACGGCAAUUGGCAGGGACUCCGAAAAACGUAGCCGUUAUGAUUAACAUUCCUUUAGGUAAGAGUACCAUGCAGUUUGUGCUCUUUCGUGUUCCUCUUAUGUCUUCUGGAGUCGGUGAUGACAGGCCAACUCAAAAGGAGCAUGAGGAACCAAGAUCCACUAUAGAAGGCAAUGAUAGAAGCUGCAACACCAACCACGAUCCCGGUAGCGUGUCUGAUGCGGUGGGCGUUGACGCAAAGCUUAAGGGAAGCCCACUUGAUACCCCCUUUGGAAUGGUCAUUUGGCUGGCUCUCUUAGGGCCUUAUUUAAAAUGGCAAAAACUCAGUGGGGAUGACGGCUCCACUUCCCCAGGCGCCGAACCCUUCCUUCGUGCCAUUUCUCCUUUUUACAGUGGUUUGGGUAGCGAUUUCUUCGUGGACGAAGCGCUUUCUUCUCCGUUGGUCAACUCGCUUGUGAAUGAAUUUAUUGCGGCCGGGGAUGCAACGCUGGAGACGCAGAGAAUCAGAGUAACCCUUCCGGCAUCACCUCCUCAGCAAAGGCACCUCUGCCUCAUCGUUCAAGGACUGCAACCGCCACUGUGCACCCCGGUGGGUUAUCUCCUUGACCGUUUUGCCUCUGCUGAUGGUCGGUUGUACGUGACCUUGGCAGCUCUUUGA